AUGGGUUGUGGAGCAUCCUCGGGGAAGGCGGAGAAGGUGGUGAAGGCUCCUCCUGUGAAGCUGGACCCGGCCAAGUUCCGGAGUGUCUUCAAAAAAGGCGGCUUCCAAGGGAGCUUCCAAGGGACCUCUGAAGGAGUCACUGACAGUGGGCUUCCUUGCCGGCUCCUUGCGGGACCACCUGGAGAAGUCUGGAUCGCAAAGAUCGUUGACUCCGUGGGCGUGGAUGUUGCCAUUCUUUGUGAUAUGCUUGAUCUCGUCUACGAGGAUGCCGAGCGUCGGGGCAGCGUGGGGCUGCCCUUCGAGGACAUCGUGGAGCUGGUUCUGAGCAUGCGGGGCUCGAAUCCCGCCACUUUGAAAGACGUGAAGGAAGCCUCAGGAUCAACAAGCUCAUGCCUUUCGAUGUGGAGCAGCGGUUGGGCGAGCGAUUGCAGCUGGAGGUGGAGAACCUGA